AAAUAAUGUAACAAAUAGCAUAGAAUUAUAUAACUAGCAAGUCAUGUAGUAAUCAACAUACUGUCAUGUCACAUUUGGUCCCCAAAAUUACCAAAAUAAGCACCUAUAAUCAUUUGAAACAGCUUCAUCUUCACCUCAUUCAAAAUUCCCUCCAUCAUCACAACUACUGGGUCUCGCUUCUCAUCAACCACUGCACGCGCACUCACGCGCCACCGCUCUUCGCCCGCCACCUUUUCAAUUCUACCCCAAACCCAACUAUCAGUGUCUUCAUUUCCAUCCUCAAAUACUAUUCCCAUUCAGGUUUACAGUAUGAACUCUUAGCUUUCUUUAAACACAUAAUAAAUUGCAAUGUAAAACUUGAUGCAUCUUUAUACCCACUUGUCAUUAAGUCUUCUGGUAGAGAUGGUGUUAUGUUCUAUGCGCAUAUUUUGAAAUUGGGUCAUCAGAAUGAUCCGUAUAUUCGCAAUGUUAUGUUGGAUGUGUAUGUUAAACAUUGUCCAAUUGAGUUUGCUAAGAAACUGUUUGAUGAAAUGCCUGAGAGAAGUGUUGCGGAUUGGAACUCGAUGAUUUCUGGGUAUUGGAAGUGGGGAAAUGAAGGUGAAGCUUGUAGAUUGUUUGGUAUGAUGCCUGAAAGAAAUGUUAUAACUUGGACUGCAAUGGUUGCUGGGUUCUCUAAGAUAAAAGAGGUGCAAAAUGCAAGGAAGUAUUUUGAUGAUAUGCCUGUGAAAAGUAUUGUUUCUUGGAAUGCUAUGCUUUCAGGGUAUGCGCAAAAUGGGUUAUCGGAAGAGGCUUUGAAGUUGUUUGGUUGUAUGAUGACUGUUGGGGUUCAGCCUAAUGAAACUACAUGGACAAUUGUGAUAUCUUCUUGUUCGUUUUGUGGCGAUCCUUGUCUUGCGGAGUCGAUCAAGAAAUUGCUCGAUGGAAAGGGGGUCAAGAUAAAUUAUUUUGUCAAGACAGCUUUGCUUGAUAUGAAUGCAAAGUGUGGGAAUCUUGAGGCUGCUAGGAACAUUUUUGAUGAGCUCGGUGUUUCUAGGAAUUCUGUUGCAUGGAAUGCCAUGAUUUCAGCAUUUACAAAGGCUGGUGAUUUGCUUGCCGCCCGAGAUCUUUUUGAUAAGAUGCCAGUGAGGGAUGCUGUUUCGUGGAACACAAUGAUUUCAGGCUAUGCUCAAAAUGGACAGUCAGCAACGGCUGUAGAACUUUUCAGAGAAAUGAUUGAUACGAAAGACAUGCAACCGGAUGAGGUAACUAUGGUGAGUGUCAUCUCCGCAUGUGGACAUCUUGGGGCUUUGGAAUUGGGUACUUGGGCAGUUAAAUUUAUCUAUGAAUACAAAAUUAAGCUGACGGUUUCAGGAUAUAAUUCUUUAAUUUUCAUGUAUUCAAAAUGUGGAAACAUGAAAGAAGCACGAAGGAUCUUUCAAGAAAUGGAAAAAAAAGAUGUGGUUUCAUACAACACUUUGAUUGGUGGGUUUGCUGCUCAUGGCCAAGGGUACGAAGCUGUAAAGCUAUUGAAAAGCAUGGAAGAAGAAGGUAUUGAGCCGGAUCGUGUUACAUAUAUUUGUGUUCUGACAGCUUGCAGCCAUGCAGGAUUAGUUGAAGAAGGCCAUAAGGUCUUCGAAUCCAUAAAAAUUACCGAUGUGGAUCAUUAUGCAUGCAUGGUUGAUAUGUUAGGUCGAGUUGGAAAGCUGAAUGAGGCAAAAAGACUGAUAGAUAAUAUGCCAAUGGAGGCACAUGCUGGAAUCUAUGGUUCUCUUUUAAAUGCUAGUCGGGUUCACAGGAGAGUUGAAGUUGGAGAAGUUGCUGCAGAAAUGCUGUUUUCGCUUGAACCACAAAAUUCAGGAAACUACGUUUUGCUGUCUAACAUAUAUGCUUCACUAGGGAGGUGGGAAGAUGUCAACCGAGUGAGAGAAAUGAUGAGGAAAGCGGAAGUGAAAAAGACAGCAGGAUGGAGUUGGGUAGAAUACAAAGGUAAAGUGCAUAAGUUCAUGGUUGGAGACCGAUCACAUGAACGAUCAGAUGAUAUUUACAGAGUAUUGGCGGAAUUAGGAAGCCGGAUGAGAAAGCUGGGAUACACAGCUGACAGGAGGUGUGUGCUAAGAGAUGUUGAAGAGGAAGAGAAAGAUAAUAUGGUGGGAAGUCAUAGCGAGAAAUUGGCAAUUUGCUUUGCACUUCUUGUAAGUGAAGCAGGCGCAGCAAUCAGGGUAGUGAAGAACUUACGGGUGUGUCUGGAUUGUCACACUGCAAUAAAGAUGAUCUCCAAGUUGGAGGGAAGGGAGAUAAUUGUGAGAGACAACAACAGGUUUCAUCAUUUCGUUGAUGGGAUAUGCUCGUGUAACGAUUAUUGGUAAUCUGAUUUCAGUUUUUCUCUCUUGUUAAAGUUGAGUGUAUCAUAGUAUGACUACUGAUUUUCAUAUGCCAAUUUCAAAGCUAGCAUUGUUCUGAAAUUAAUCCCCAUAACCAGAGAACUAACAGUUGAAUUUUCUGAACUGAGGGCUCAAGAAGGCAAGUAAAUGUAGAUACAAUCUGGUGAUUCAACAGACAAGUUGAAAUUUAAAUUUCUGCAGAGCUUCAUUUAGAAGCAGCAAAAGGGUGCUGAGAUAUUUGUUUGAUUUUAAAUAAUUCAUGUUCAGAUUUGUUUUGUAAGACUGUAUUCUAGCCAAAGUUGAUCUUCAAUAAUACAACCGACUUGUCAUUGAGUGGCUAUUGCAUUGCCAAAUCUGAUUGGCAAUGAUCCAAAACCUUGCUUGGAUCUGUGUAACAAAUUGCCAAGAACCCGAACAUAAACAAGUUAUCAUUUGUUUUGAAGAUCAGAUGACUGUGGAGAUUGGAGCAAUCAUGUGGCGCUAACAUGUAUGAUUGUUGGAAAUAAUAAUGAAGAAGAUGGUGAUGUCAAUGAUGGAGUUUCAAAGAAGACAUUGUAAUUUAUAUUUGAGCCAGGUACAAAUUUGGAAUUUCGAAAGAAAUUAGGACUUAGGAACAAAGAGGGAAUUAUCCCUUUUUUUUUUAUAUAAUCGGAAAGGAAGAGCAAUUGUGGGAGGAAUUGAACCUAUGGUUUAGCAGUUUACUGCCUAGCGCUUAUACCAUUUGAGUUAUAGUUCAUUCGUAAA